AUGUUCAUUGCCUCGGGUGUCGCGAUCGCAGUCGCGGUGAUCCAUGUCACCUUCAAGGGCAUGUGCCGGGCCCCAUGGGAAUCACUUUCCGUCUUCAUUCGCAUCAUUGCCGCGGUUUCCAAGACGUUCAUGCAGUACGUGGCACGAGUUUGCACCGAGACGUACGGUGAACGCAUAGCCAUCGAGAGCCACGCGCAGUGGGUCCGUGCUCAGAGCGACCUCUUGGGAUCUCUACUGGGCUGCUUCUCCUGCCACCGCUUCAACCGCAGCCUCGAAGCCGUGCACUUCAACGGACUGGAGCACGUCUGGCUGCCCAACAAACAGCUUCGGCCGCGCGGCGCCAAGCGGUUGGUAGUGCUGUAUCUGCACGGCGGCGGGUUCGCAGUGCUGAGUCCGAGACUCUACACGUCGCUGGGCGCGGAGCUGGCAGCGACGAUCGAGAGCGAGUUGAAGCUGCGAAGCGGUCGGGACCUGAGCGUCGACGUGCUCCUUGGCAACUACCGCAAGGCGCCCGAAUGCAGCUUCCCGACGCCCCCGCAGGACACCGUGGCGCUGUACCGAGACUACUUGCUGCAGCACGAGAAGCUGCAGCCGUCGCAUAUCAUCCUGGCGGGCGACAGCGCUGGCGGGGGCCUCGUCAUGUCCACAAUGCUGCGCGUGCGCGACUCGAGCCCGGAGCUGCUGCCUUUGGCCGCCAUGCUGCUGGCCCCGGCCGUCGACCUCACGGGCGACGAGCCGGACGCGCCGCACUGCUUCCUGUCUCGACCCAUGUGCAAGGCCUUCACCCUCGCCUACCACCCGACGUACACUGACCCGCGCACGUGGGCGGACGCGUCGUCGGCGCACUGCGAUCUGCGCGGCCUGCCACCUGUGCUGCUGCAGCUCGGCCGACUCGACUACAUCUUCCAGCAUGGCGAUCGUCUAGCAGCCAAGGCCAAGGCGGACGGAGUGACCAACUGGGAGCUGGACGUGCACGACGACAUGCCGCACGUCUUCUCCAUCUUCCCGAGCUUCGUGCUGCCGUACGCGCAGGUCGGCGUCCAGAAGCUGGCGACGUUCGCUGCCAAGAGCUUCGCCAAGAGUGAAGGCUGCGAGACUAGAGUCGCAAGAGCCAACUAG